AUGAGAUUUUAUUUGGAGCAAAUUGAUGUUGCGUAUGUUAUUUCUGAUGUUGUGAAACCUGUUAAUGAUGAUGAAUUGCAUGAUUUUGAGGUUAAGUUUGCUAAGGAUGAUAGAACCUGUAAGGGAAUGUUGUUGCAUCAUAUGUCGAAUGUUUUGCUUGACAUUUACAUGGGCUAUAAUCAUGCUAGGGAUAUUUAUGAUGGUUUAGAGAAAAAGUAUGGAACUGAUGAUGCCGGUACGAAACGUUAUUGUGUUAGUAAAUGGUUAGGUUUUCAAGUUGAAGAUGAUAAACCUAUUAUUGAUCAGAUUCAUGCAUAUGAGAAUAUUUGUAUUGCUAUGGCUGCCGAGGGUUUGAGUAUAUGUGAUAUAACUCUUGCUAUUGUUUUAAUUGAGAAACUGCCACCCUCAUGGAAAGACAUUAGAAACCAGUUAAUGCAUAAGAAGAAAGAUCUUACCCUAGAGGAACUCGUAGGUCACCUAAAAAUUGAGGAGGAGAACCGUAUUAAGGAUAAGGGUCAAUCUGUAUUUUCUAAGUCUGCUAAAGCUAAUCUGGCUGGUCACAAGUCCAGGGAUUGCAGGGUCAAGAAGAAGCCAGAUCAGAAUCAAGCUCACCUUGUUGAAGCAGUUGCUGAUCCUAACAAUUUUAUUGCUGUUGUUUCAGAAGCUAAUCUGGCAGGUGAUGUUGCUGAGUGGAUAGUUGAUACAAGAUCAACCAGGCACAUUUGCACCAACAAACAAAUGUUCACUUCCUACGAGAAGACUGAUGGGGAAAAUGUAUUCAUGGGUAACUCUGCUUCUGCAACUGUUCAAGGCAAAGGGAAGAUCGUUCUCACUCUGACUUUUGGAAAAACACUCACUUGA